UUUUGGUUUUGUUUGCGAUCGUCUCGAUAUUUUCACAGUUUGUUUCUCAGCUGCCUCUCCCCAAUUUCAAAGGCUUGGACAUUCAGGAUGGGCUGGGGAAACAUUUACAAAAGGCGUGUGAAAGUAUUCACAGUGGCUGUAAUUAUCUAUCUGGACUAUAAGGCAGUGCAGCAAAGAGAUAAAUGGACUGCAGUUUCCAAACGAGCUGCUUUGUGGGAGAAGGCGCAUGAGCGCAAUGCUAAGCGUGUCCUCAGCUUGAUAAUCGAGUUGGAAGGUUUGUGGGUAAAACUUGGACAGUACUUAUCCACACGUGCUGAUGUACUUCCUCACGCAUAUAUAUCUCUUCUUAUGAAGCUACAAGACUCUCUUCCUCCUCGUCCCUUGCAAGAGGUUUGUCAGACUAUACAGAAAGAAUUGGGGAAACCCAUGGAUGAUCUUUUCUCAGAUUUUAACCAAAUUCCUUUGGCAACAGCAUCAAUAGCACAAGUCCAUCGUGCAACGUUGCUUAACGGGCGGGAAGUGGUUGUUAAAGUUCAGCAUGAGGGCAUAAAGGCAAUCAUAUUGGAGGACCUAAAGAAUGCCAAAUCAAUUGUUGACUGGAUAGCAUGGGCAGAACCACAGUAUGAUUUUAAUCCUAUGAUUGACGAGUGGUGCAAAGAAGCUCCAAAAGAACUUGAUUUCAAUACUGAAGCUGAGAAUACCAGAACUGUGUCCAGUAAUCUCGGCUGCAGAAACAGAAACCAAGAUAGCAAGCAUGCCAAUCAAGUGGAUGUUCUGAUUCCAGAGGUUAUUCAGUCAAGUGAAAAAGUCCUACUUCUAGAGUAUAUGGAUGGAAUUCGCUUGAAUGACCGUGAAUCUCUUGAAGCUUAUGGUGUUGACAAACAAAAGGUCGUUGAAGAAAUAACACGAGCCUAUGCUCAUCAAAUAUAUGUUGAUGGAUUUUUCAAUGGUGACCCUCAUCCUGGAAAUUUCCUGGUAAGCAAGGAGCCUCAACAUCGUCCAGUUUUACUUGAUUUUGGACUUACAAAGAAAGUAUCUUCUUCUAUGAAACAAGCGCUAGCAAAAAUGUUUCUUGCAUCUGCUGAGGGGGACCAUGUAGCCCUUUUGUCUGCCUUUUCAGAAAUGGGGCUCAAGCUACGCCUCGACCUUCCGGAUCAAGCUAUGGAAGUAACAAACGUGUUCUUCCGUACUUCAACGCCAGCGAAUGAAGCUUUUGAAAACAUGAAAUCUUUGGCCAAGCAAAGAUCAAAAAACAUGAAGGUGAUACAGGAAAAGAUGAAGCUCAGCCAAAAAGAAGUUAAACGCUUUAAUCCAGUCGAUGCAUUUCCUGGAGAUAUUGUAAUAUUUUCUCGGGUCCUUAAUCUCUUGAGAGGGUUGUCAUCAACAAUGAAUGUCCGUAUCAUAUAUCAAGAGAUCAUGAGACCAUUUGCGGAAUUUGCUCUGCAAGGAAACAUCAAUAAGGGACCAACAGUGAAUCCGUCAUGGAUCCAUAACACACCUGUUCAUUCAGAUGUAGAGGCAAAGUUGAGGCAGCUCUUAAUUGAGCUGGGAAUUGAAGACAAAAUACUUGGAAUCCAGGUAUGCGCCUACAAAGACGGGGAGGUCAUUAUUGAUACUGCUGCGGGUGUCCUCGGAAGAUAUGAUCCUCGCCCAGUUCAGCCUGAUAGCCUUUUUCCUGUUUUUUCUGUAACAAAGGGAAUCACAGCAGGAAUGCUACAUUGGAUUGUUGAGAAAGGAAUACUCAAGCUCGACGAUAAUAUUGCAAAUAUUUGGCCAGAAUUUGGAAUAAACGGAAAAGAUGUUAUAAAGGUCCACCAUGUACUCAACCAUACGUCUGGCUUGCAUAAUGCCUUGUCAGACCUUAGUGGAGAAAACCCUUUGCUACUGUGCGAGUGGGAUGAAUGCCUGAACCGGAUUUGUCAGUCAGUACCUGAAACAGAGCCUGGCAAUGAGCAGUUAUACCACUAUCUAUCUUUUGGUUGGUUGUGCGGUGGAAUAAUUGAGCGCGCCUCUGGAAAGAAGUUUCAGGAGAUCCUUGAAGAAGCAAUCAUUCGGCCCCUCAAAGUUGCAGGCGAAUUAUAUGUUGGAAUUCCGCCUGGUGUGGAAUCUCGACUUGCAACUUUAACGGUAGAGAUGAAUGACAUUGGAAACCUUGCCGAGAUGAGAAGUCGUCCCGACUUGCCAUCUACCUUCCAGCCAAGUAACAUUGGCCAAUUAUUAACUACAGUACCUGCUUUAUUUAACAUGCUAAUGGUGCGGCGUGCAAUCAUACCUGCUGCAAACGGACAUUGCUCAGCCCGUGCUCUUGCACGCUAUUAUGCAGCCCUUGCUGAUGGGGGCGUAAUCCCACCACCACAUACCUCUUUCACCAAGCCAGCUCUUGGCAGCCACCCCCAUGUAUCUGAGUUUUCUUCCAUCAAAACCUCUAAAAAGCAAAAAGGUAGAAAUAAGGUGGCGGCGGCAUCUUCAAAGAACAGAUCCAAUGAUUGUGACAAAUUAAGGAACUGUGGUAAAGAUUCGAAGGAUGAUGAUGACAGUGGAAUGGGUAGCAAUAAUGGUUACUCCAGGCUUGCUACUGAUCGCAAAAGUAGCAGCAGCAGUAAUACUAGUGCUGCUGAGAGCUUUGCAAGCAGAGAUGAUGGCGAAAAGGAGAAUGUUAUGAGGAUAUUUAACAACUGUAGAGUUCAUGACGCUUUUCUGGGAGUGGGCGAGUAUGAAAAUUUGACUUACCCAGAUGGAAAAUUCGGAUUAGGGUUUGUGAGAAAUAGAUCAAAGGAUGGAUAUUUAAUUGGUUUUGGACACUCGGGUAUGGGGGGAUCCACAGGUUUUUGUGACAUUGAAAACAGGUUUGCUAUUGCAGUGACAGUGAACAAGUUGUCAUUCGGUAGUGUGACUCGGAAAAUCGUUCAGCUUGUGUGUUCAGAGCUAAAUGUCCCAAUACCACAAGAGUUGUCAAUUUCUUCUAAUGAAAGAGGAUCUGAUUCAAAGUCAAAUGCGGAGAAACCAUUGAUUAACUAAACUCAAGAACCACUCUUCUCUUUGUUUGACGGCAUACAAAAGAAUUAAUUGUACAGACAUUUUGGCAAACGCAAUUGGCCAAAGCUCGGAGACAGCGUCACUGGUCAAUACAGGAGCAGUAUUUGUGAUAUUAUGAUGAGAAUCAAGUCCAGCUGAGAGUAGUCCGUUGAUAGUGACGGUUGGUGAUACUCUUGUUAGAUUGUGGAGAGGUUGAUGAGUCUGAUUCAAACUAGAGCUUAAAGAACCUCGAGUCACCAUAUCUUCAGCCAACUUCACCUGUAUUAUAUAUGAUAGAAUCACAAUCACCAUUUAGGAAGCAAUUAUAUAUAUGUAUAUAUAGUAAACCAGACCUUGGCUCUGAGAGCUUCAACAUCAGAUUUAAGGAUACGAUGAUUGGUGUCAGCCUGACAGCAUUGUUGAGCAGCAUCUGAAAGCUGCUUGAAGAGAGAGGCAUUUUCUCCGGUGAGUUGAUCCACAUGGGAUUCAAGAUCUUGUAAAUGAGCUUGUUUUCUUUUUCUCGAUCGUCUGGCUGACUCCCGGUUUGAAACCAUCCUGCCAAUGUAUAGUAUUGUCAUUGGCAUGCUCUAAUAUAGGCUGUAGAGUGUAGGGUGUAGAUAUAAAUGGCAGCAGAUUAAGGAGGAAGCAAACAAACCUUCGGAUGCGUCUCAAAUCAAGAGGACCAACUUCAUCAUCUUCGCAAUCUGAUUGGUCGUCGAGUGAAGAUACACUUGUUUUAGUAUUAUGGUUAGCUGAGAUCGGACUGCUGCCAACUGAUCCAUUCAUGCAUAUAUAGGUACGUUAGAUAAGCAACUUGUACCACAAACUGAAGACUAAAUAUGUUUGAAUGCUUACCGGUGGUAUUUGGUGACCCAAAAAGGAAAUCUGCAACUCCACAACUUGACAAACUAUUCAUCAUCUCCUGCAUUUACAGAACGAUCCAAAUGAAAACGAGCCAGAAAUGAAUAUGCGCAGGUAGUAAGAAAAAAAAAUGACCUCGUGUUUGAAGGGGAAAGCAGAAGAAACAAAAUCAUCAAGCAGAUCCCCACAAAACACAAAACCAUCUUGUAAGGAAACUUGUGAUUCACUUGUCUUCAUCGUUUUUCUAUCCAUCAAUUAUUAUUUAGUUGGGCGGAUUCGACUAGAAAUGCUAUGCUUACACACAAGACUACCCGAUCUUCAUGACGGAAUGGAAAAAAAUUCUUAUGACUACUUCAUAAACAUAUAUGUGAAAUGUGUGAGAAAGAGGGGGGGAAGGGAAUUGAAUGAAUGUUGGGUUACUAUAUAGUAUAGGAAAGAAUUAAAAGUAUUUGAAUCGAUAUGAAAGGUAAGGUAAAGGACAAAAGUAACAGCAGAGGAUGAUUUGGACUGCCACUCACCGACCUUUGGGUUGGGACAAAGUUGGUGAUUUCUUUUACAAUAUAGUAUGCAUUUAGCUUUUGAUUGCUUUAGACAA